AUGGCGGCUGCUGUCACCGCAGCCCCAGGCUCACGACCACGACCCCCCCGGCCUCCUGCGGCUUUCCCCCUGAGCAGACCCUCAGUUCCCCUCCCCCCGCCCCCCGCCGCCCCCUCCUCUGCUGCCCCGACGGCGCCUACAACGCCAAAACCGAGCCCGGGCCGCGCUGCAGCGGCGGGGGAGGCCGCGGGCGCCGGAGGAGGCCGAGCUAGGCACCGCUCCUCACGGAACGCCGGCGGAAGCGACACAGAGGGACCCGGCGGAGGGGAGAGCCGGGGCCCGGCCCAGAGCGGCUCCCCUCCCGGCGAGGCGGCGGCGGGGCUGAAGGGGCAGGCCGCGCCGCCCCCGCCCCCCGCCGCCGCCGCCGGGCCCAGCGGGACACCGGGCACCGGGGAGAGCGGCCUGCCCGGCACACGGGCGGGCGGCGGGUCGGGGAGCCCCCAGCCCGCCAGGAAGGGCCGCCUGAGCCCGUCCGGGGAGAGCCUGGAGCUGAAGGACAUCUUCAUCGCCGUGAAGACCACGAGGAAGUACCACCGGAGCCGGCUGGACCUGCUGCUCCAGACCUGGAUCUCCCAGGCGAGGGGACAGACGUUUAUAUUCACAGACUGGGAGGAUCGGGAGCUGCGCCUGAAAGCGGGGGAUCAUAUGAUCAACACCAACUGUUCUGCUGUCCAUACCCGGCAAGCUCUCUGCUGCAAGAUGUCUGUGGAAUAUGAUAAAUUCCUGGAAUCUGGGCAAAAGUGGUUUUGCCACGUGGACGAUGACAACUAUGUGAACCCUCGGACUCUCCUGCAUCUCUUAUCUGCUUUCUCACACAGCCAGGAUGUCUACGUGGGGCGGCCGAGCCUGGACCACCCCAUUGAAGCAGCCGACCACGUCCAAAGCGAUGGAUCAAAGACAACCGUGAAAUUCUGGUUUGCCACAGGUGGAGCAGGGUUCUGUAUCAGCAGAGGUCUUGCCCUGAAGAUGAGUCCUUGGGCCAGCCUGGGUAACUUCAUCAGUACGGCAGAGAGAGUGCGUCUUCCUGACGACUGCACCAUCGGCUACAUCAUCGAGGGGCUGCUGGAGGUAAAGCUGCUGCACAGCCCCUUGUUCCAUUCCCACCUGGAAAAUCUGCAGAGGCUACAGGGAGAGUCUGUGCUGCAGCAGGUAACCCUAAGUUAUGGGGACCCUGAGAACAAACACAAUGUUGUGAGUGUGGGAGGAGUGUUUGGCCUUCAGCAAGAUCCAACCCGAUUUAAAUCUGUCCAUUGUCUGCUCUAUCCUGACACUAUUUGGUGCCCUGCUAAGAAGAUGUCAUAAUCCUUCACCGGUUGUUGACAACUGUAUCUUACCUACUUUGCAUAAGAUGGGAGUUGUGGUGGACUUUUGGGGGCUUUGGGUUGUGUUUUUUUUUUUCUUCUUCUGGGAGACAACCAGAGGUACCUACAAAGGAGGUAAACAGACUCUGUGUACAAAGGCAAGGUGGGGUGGGGUGUUCAGCUGCAGCCUGGGCCCAUCCCAAGAAGAACCCUCCUCCUUUUGUCCAGUGGCUCUUAGUGUAAUGACCUCAGUCCUGUGCCUACGAGUCACUUUACGCUUUUGUCUGAUGCCGGGUGGAUCUCUGCUGGGACACAUCCCAGGAAAGUGCAGGACUUGGUCUGACAGCAUUCUUACUGCUGUUGGGGGCUUUCAGAGGCCACUGUCUUGAAGCUGGAGAGCUAGAGCAGACUGUAGUCCCCAUGGUGACAAGAGAGGGGAAGUUAUUGCUCACUUUUCUUGGGAACAGAAUUAUCGAGGCGCUUCUGUGGCCUGUCCUACUAAAACUCCACCUGUGGGCUGGAACAGGGUCUGUUUGUUCACACCAGAAAUCCUGGAAUCACCAGGGUAAACAAGGCUUGAAAGCCUUUGUCAUGGGAAAGCCCCGUGUAAGAGUUUGUUACGGCACACGUUCUCCCCUGUGGCCCGUGUACCUCCCAUGGAGGUGAUUGCCAGACUCGGCUCUCUUAGCAGCUGAAUUGCAGUAGUUGUUGAUUUUGGAUGGUGGUCUGCCAGGUCCAAGACUAUCCCCUUGAUAUUUGAUACUGAAGAAAUAUCUGCCAAGAGUAGAUGGGAAUGGUUUCUCCGGCUCUGCCCACAGCGGGGUCGGAUGGGCCAGAGCAUGUUCAUUGGCUGAUGGAACACGCCCUGCGUCUGAAGUUGUGUGUGAUCUGCUGCUGUGGAGGGAGGAGGAAUGCUAGAUAGCUGUGAUGCCCUGAGGAAACUUUGAUGGUAUCACUUGAGGACCUUUAAUUGUAUGACUGUGGUUACUCCACUCCAGCUUCUGCAGAUAAUCUUUUGAUUACCUUAAGCUCAAGAUCAGUGUUUAUUUUUACUCUACUUCUUAAUGUUUCAAUAAAUAGUUCAUGCAAUCACUAAAAGGAGGCUGCACACUCGCACAAAGGCAGAAGUUCAAUGCUGUAGCAGUGUCACUGGCUGCUGCUUUUUAAGUAAAGUAAGCUUAGUUUUGACAAUGGAAGAAAUGGGGCUCCAUGUGUUAACUUUUCUGUUUCCCCAAACUUUAGCCAUGUGCAACCCUUGCCUGACAUGAAGAACAGCACAAAAAAUGACUUUGCAAAACCACUGUUUACUCUCACAGAAAAUACAUGCUGGUUUAGUGCUAGUGUCUGAGGCUGAAUUAAGGGGAGAAUAAUAGAAUGGCAUUGUAUAACCUGGAUCUACGAUUAAGGGCUAGAAUGCGGACCCAGCAAAAGUUUCAGGUUUCUAAACAGCUGUGCUGAGCUGGACGGUGGAAUUCAGCUAACUGCUUAGCAUUCUGAUGUUUGAAAAGUGGUAUAAUGUGGGCAAACGCCUGCAGGGUAUUCGAGUAUGAGACUUUGCAGAGGCAUCAGCCUCCUGAAGUCUAUUUUUAACACAAACCUUUCGGCGCUUACCUGUGUACAUUGUCCUCUCUGUGUGAUUUUAGUUAAUUCCACGGGGGAGCAAAUAAGCUGGUGCUACUUGCUACAGUCCUGCAGCUUGUUCUUAAAUUCCUCCUUUCCUUCAUGUCCACUGAGGUGACCCAGAGGUACGGGAAUAAGAAUGCUGUAGGGAAUGGGGGUCAGAUUCCAGUUAUGGCUACUCCGUAACGGGUACACCCGUAACACUAACGGCCCCGUACAGGAAACAGAGAGGGACCUGUGGAAUAGUAGGUUGUGGUACGUUCUACCUCUUCAUUAGGUCUUCUGCUCACUAGAAUCGGGGCAUCCUAUGGUUUAAUGAUUUGUCAUUCGUAGCUCUGAAGAUUCCUGGUAUCUACAUAAAUACCUUUUUGUUUUUUAAAAAAAAACACUUACUAGGUUCUUGUUUUCAACUUCCUGUAAGAGCUGUGAAGCUGCACAAGCUCUUGAUGAGGUUUUUGUCUUCGAACACUGAUUCUGAACUCUUCUGUGGGAGCUUUUCUUCCUCUUCCACUGGUGGAAAAGCCUCUUGUACGGAGCAGGCAGUGAUUAUGUGGGAAAUUGUGGUUCCUAUGGAUGGCAGCAAAGCUGGCUGGAGUCACUGCUGCCCCCGAGCCCCAUGUGCCAGAGAGGCAGCCUCCUCUGAGCUGGUUCGGGUGUUUAUCAAGGGGAAAAGGACCACGUUCUGCCCCGAGGCAAUACAGGACCCUCCAAUGCCUUCGAGCUUCUCUUAAGGUCUCUUGUGUUGGCGACACGGUAGGCCGGGUGGAUAUAUCGGGAUGCAGCUUUUUAAUCAAACUACUGUCUCAUACGUAAAGUGAUUCUACAAAAUAAAUAUUUAAAUAUGUCAAA